AUGUAUGACCCAGUCAGCUACAUCACUGUCUUCUCCCCCAAACAUACCACACCUGGUCCAGGCUACAUCACUGUCUUCUCCCCCAAACAUACCACACCUGGUCCAGGCUACAUCACUGUCUUCUCCCCCAAACAUACCACACCUGGUCCAGGCUACAUCACUGUCUUCUCCCCCAAACAUACCACACCUGGUCCAGGCUACAUCACUGUCUUCUCCCCCAAACAUACCACACCUGGUCCAGGCUACAUCACUGUCUUCUCCCCCAAACAUACCACACCUGGUCCAGGCUACAUCACUGUCUUCUCCCCCAAACAUACCACUGGUCCAGGCUACAUCACUGUCUUCUCCCCCAAACAUACCACUCCUGGUCCAGGCUACAUCACUGUCUUCUCCCCCAAACAUGCCACUCCUGGUCCAGGCUACAUCACUGUCUUCUCCCCCAAACAUACCACACCUGGUCCAGGCUACAUCACUGUCUUCUCCCCCAAACAUACCACUCCUGGUCCAGGCUACAUCACUGUCUUCUCCCCCAAACAUACCACACCUGGUCCAGGCUACAUCACUGUCUUCUCCCCCAAACAUACCACACCUGGCUACAUCACUGUCUUCUCCCCCAAACAUACCACACCUGGUCCAGGCUACAUCACUGUCUUCUCCCCCAAACAUACCACACCUGGUCCAGGCUACAUCACUGUCUUCUCCCCCAAACAUACCACACCUGGUCCAGGCUACAUCACUGUCUUCUCCCCCAAACAUACCACACCUGGUCCAGGAUAA